GCGCGCGCGACCUCCCCAACCAACUACUCCUCCACCUCUUACCUGACAUGUAAUAAGCGAGCUGACCAACAAACCCAACCCCGACCCGCGCCGCCGCCCGCCAGCGAGGUCGUCGCCGGCGUCUAAGCUCUCAUUCAUGGCGGCGGAGGCGGCCUCCGGUGGCGGUGGUGGGUACCGGAUGCUGCCGCAGGCGGGGUUGCCGAUCGGUUUCCGGUUCCGACCCACCGACGAGGAGCUCCUGCUCCACUACCUCCGCCGCAAGGUCAUGUCGCGCCCCCUCCCCGCCGACGUCAUCCCCGUCGCCGACCUCGCCCGCCUCCAUCCAUGGGACCUUCCAGGCGAGGGAGACGGCGAGAGGUACUUCUUCCACCUGCCGGCGACGAGCUGCUGGCGGAGGGGCGGCGGCGGGAGCAGGGCGGGCGGCGGCGGCGGCGCGUGGAGGGCGUCCGGGAAGGAGAAGCUCGUCGUCGCGCCGCGCUGCGGCAAGCGGCCCGUCGGCGCCAAGCGGACGCUCGUCUUCUUCCGCCGCGGCGGCGCCCGCACCGACUGGGCCAUGCACGAGUACCGCCUCCUCCCCGCCGACGACCAUCCGCCGGAGGCCAACGACGUCUGGGUGGUCUGCCGCGUAUUCAAGAAGACCACCACGCUGGCUCACCGCCGUUCGCCGCCGUCCAUCCGUGGCGCGCCACGCCGGCGAGCCGCCGCCGCCGACGACGACGACAUGCCGUCCUCGCCGUCGUCCUGCGUGACGGACGGCGGCGACGCGGGGGAGGAGGGAGAAGAGAGCAGCAGCUGCAGCGUCGUCGCUUCUAAUUGUCCAUGAGAUGAUCAGAUGAGAGAGGGAGAGGUUUUACCGUGUUAGUGUUUGACUAGGCCGUUAAUUACCAUGCUUUCAUGUCCUAAUCAGCGCCCUUCUUUUGCUCUACUAAUGUCUUUUAAUUAAUUAACUAGUUGUAAUUCCUAGCAAGAGAGAAUCAGAAUCGAGCUCAAACAAAGAAGAGAAAAAAAAAGAAAAGAAAAUUCUCAUCUUUGUUUGAGCUCACUCCGAACUCCGAAGAUAAUCAAUUAUCCUUGUUUUCAAUCUCUUCA